AUGUCACGUUUAGGAAAUAAUGAAGGAACACAGAGUCCGGAUAAAAACAUUCCUAUACAGCAGCCAGUUACGAAUAAACGAUAUACCCUUGUCCAUAAAAAUGGAGCAAUCGAAUAUUACGACGACUUAGAAGCAAUUUUAAGAACAUACCCACAUAUCAAACUACCACUAAACAUACAACAGGCAAAUGAAAUCAAAGCCACUACAAUCAAAACAACGGAUGAUUUUCAAUCCGGUGAUUAUCAUACAAACUCCUUGGUCCAGCCUAUAGCAUGGAUUACAACGAACGAUACGAAUUUCUGGAGUAAGCUACUAGAUGAUGGUGCCAACAGUUUUCUGUAUAUUUUUAAUAUACAGUCGCAUCCUAGAGUUGAAAAAGAUACGAAAACCAUUAUUCAUGCUAAUGGUACUAUCGUUGAAGAAAUUACUGAAACUACUUGGGAGAACGACGAUGAUACUCCAAUAAUCACAAAAUCAUUUAAAGUCACGCCAGCCGCCGAGAUUACAAAU